CUUAGAGCUAUACGCCCAGCUGAGCGGUUUGUUGGUCAUUAUUGGUAAAAAUUUAACUUUGAAAUGUGCGUAGAUCAGUUACAAUAAGUUGGGCGACGCCGCUGCCCUCAAAUUGCAUAGCACUAAUUGGAGAAAGACUUAUAAAUUAUUCAAGAUGCGUUUUGUCCGCCGGGGAACUGUGCCGAAAAUCACAGCCGGUUGCUGUGUGGUGAUACUGAUGGUUACUCUGUAUAUGUUGAACGACGAGCGGGACUUGGAUAAGAACGUCAAGAUCGAAAUUAUCGAGCGUUCGAUAAGAUCGGCGGUGAAUCAGGGCGAGUGCCGCCAUCCCCAUCUGCCCCUGGACAAUCCGGUCAUCAUGAAGUUCUACAAGCCGGUGGAGCGAAUCAACUGCGGCGAGAGAAUGGACUGGGUGAUGUGCGAGAAAUCCAUUUGCUUUGUGCGUCCGGAAAUUGCGUCCAGCCAUGAGGAUGUGACCUGUUCCUACACGGACAUCAUCCGCAAGUCGGACUACAAAGUGCGCUUCGGAAGAACGCUGCGCAUAAAGGAGCCCUACGUCCUGCAGGCCAGUGACUUCGUCAAGGUUGCCUGUCGAUCCUCCAGCGGCGAGAGUUGGUUUGGCAUGGCCCAUGGCAUUCGGGACACUGUACCCCGGCCCCUGGCUGCCAAUUUCUCGCCGAAUUUGGCUGUUUUGCCGCCGGAGGCUGUGGCCCAGGCUCAGCUGCAAAUGCAGGAUGUGCCCACGGCCUCCUUCUACAAUGUCCUCAUGUUCGGCUUUGAUUCACUGAGCCGCAACGCCUUUAUGCGUAAGCUGCCCAGGACCUAUGAGUAUCUCACACAACAACUGGGCGCCAGCGUUCUCAAGGGCUACAACAUCGUGGGCGAUGGAACGCCGCAGGCCCUGGUGCCCCUGCUGACGGGUUUCACGGAACUAGAGCUGCCGGAGACGCGUAAGCGAUUGUCCGGAGCGGGCAGCGUGGACUCGUACCCCAUGAUCUGGAAGGACUUUGCCGGCCUGGGCUAUAUGACUUCGUUUAACGAGGAUCUGCCCAAUGUGGGCACUUUCACCUACCGCAUGACCGGCUUUGAGGCACAGCCGGUGGACCAUUACCUGCGGACCUACUAUGUCCAGGCGGAGCAUAUGGCCGCCGAGAGCCAGCCCAAUUGCAUUGGCCACCAGCCGGAUCAUGUGACCAUGCUUGAGUACACCAAAAACUUCAUGCUGAAGUAUCGCGAUGCCCCGCGCUUUGUGUUCAGCUUCCAUGGCGGCCUGUCACACGACUCCAUCAACCUGGUGGGCGCAGCGGAUGAUGAUGUCCACGAUUGGCUGGUGGCGCUCAAGGAACGGUCGCUGCUGGACGACACAAUUCUGAUCAUGAUGGCCGAUCAUGGCAACCGGUUUGCCGAGGUGCGGGCCACACUGCAGGGCAAACAGGAAGAGCGACUGCCCUUCUUCAGUUUCGCGUUUCCCGAGUCGUUCAAGAAGCGCUUUCCGCAGGAGUACAAGAACUUUGUGGCCAACGAGCAGCACCUCACUACGCCCUUUGACAUUCAUGCCACACUGAAGCACAUUAUACAACUGCAAACCGCUGGCGCAGAAGAUCAGUUGGGAGAGCGCAACGAUUUGCAAGCUGAACCCAACCUGCCCGGAAUUCACAUCUCUGAGCUGGCACGGGGUCGAGCCAUGUCACUCUUGGAACCCAUUCCCAGCAACCGAUCCUGUGCCGACGCGUACAUAGAGCCACACUGGUGCGCGUGCCUCAACUGGCUGCCUUUGCAGCUGAACGACACGCGGUACAGCGGCAUCAUUCUCAAGGCCGCCGAGAGCAUCGUGAGUGCCAUCAACACGGCCACGGUCGAGCAACGCCAGCACUGUGCACCUCUGCAGCUUCUACGCGUCAACUGGGCACUGCGCCUGCAACCGCACAAGGAGCUGCUGCAGUUCAAGACGAACAGCGACCGGGACGGCUUCCUGGCGGACAUGACGGGCCAAACGCUGGUGCGGGAUGAGAUGUACCAGCUGCAGCUGGUUACGCUGCCCGGCGAGGGGCUGUUCGAGGCGAGCGUGGCCUACAGCUUGCACACGUUUAGUGCCACCACGAAACUCACGGACAUCUCGCGAGUUAACAAGUACGGAAAUCAGGCACGUUGCAUAUACGAUCGGGAUCCCGAACUGCGAAAGUAUUGCUAUUGCCGCAACUGAUGUGCCAUCACAGACCUAGUCCAAAACAUAGUAGAACUGCUAAUCAAUCAACUCAAAUAGAUUUUUGCACUGUUUGCUGAUUUUUUGAUUUCCUGUAGGUAUUAGGUGUUUUUCUAUUUUGCCCAAAGAAAGCGUCACUGUCUCUUUUUAAGUUAAAAGAUCUGCCUCAGUUUGUAAUAUAGGUUCCUUUAAUAACGAUAGUAUUGUAUUAAUUAAUGAAAAAUAUUUUUUGUAUGUGCGAAGAAAAUAAAUCAAGUCAAAUCAUGACUUAUGAAUAAA